CGUACUACUGGAAUUCCAACGUCCCCGCGCGCUUUAUAAGGAGGGUGAUGCAACUGAGAGAGAACAGAGCAGAUCAGAAGAGAACAGAGGAACGGAGGAGAGGAAGAUCAGAGCGCAGACUAGUCACUGAGUCAGUCAGUGUUCUUCUCUCUCUGAUACAACACACACAGGCGACUAUAAUAAUGAUGCUUCAGCAUCCCGGACUGGGUCCUUCGGAGAUCAGUGCUUCGGCCCUGGUGCCCUGCCUGUCCCCCCCGGGGUCUCUCACGUUGGACGACUUUACCAACUUCACACCGCUGGUGAAAGAGGAGCUCCGGCUGGCCAUCCAGAACAAGCGGCUGUCCAACGGCAUGAGCCCAGUGAUGAAGGACUGCCCGAGUUCCAGCUCCGAGAGGCCUGUGGAGCAGCCAGUGGUCAAAAGAGAGUUGACUCUAGAGGAAUAUGAAAGGAGGAAAAGAAGACGAGAACGGAACAAGAUCGCUGCAGCCAAGUGCCGGAACAAGAAGAAGGAGAAGACAGACUGUCUGCAGAAGGAGUCGGAGAAGCUGGAGUCCAUCAACGCCGAACUGAAGGCCCAGAUUGAGGAGCUAAAGAGUCAGAAACAGCAGCUGGUCUACAUGCUGAACCUGCAUCGACCCACCUGCAUCGUCCGCGCCCAGAACGGCCAGACGCCCGAGGACGAGAGGAACCUCUUCAUCCAGCAGAUCAAGGAGAGUACGCUGCAGGACUUGAUGGUGUCCCCGAUUGGAUCGAGUCACACAUCUACAUCCAGCUCCUGUGGUCACCACUGACUUCUUGUGAUGCGAGGUUGGAUUCAUCUCUCCCCAACGCCUCGUAGUCGGCGAUGUCGUCAACCAUCCCGAAGAAGAAGCUGAAGUCGUCUCCGCUCCUCAUCUUAGGGACUCUCACAUGGUGAAAAGGGACUGGACACCUGAGGGUUCCCCUGAAACCAUCCAGGGCUGUAAAGGGACCACAGCCUGUCAGGAAGACUUCAUAGCACUAAACAAACAUGUUGUUGUUGCUGUUGUUGUUGUUGUCGCACACACAAACACACGUUUUUAUUUAAUUUUAUUUCACUUUGCCCUAGCACUGUUGCCCAGGAUGACUCACUGUGCAAAGGUUGGUCAUCCUGCAAGUUAUUAUUACUGUUUCUGUUAUUGUCCAUUUAGGCUGAUGUAAUGAGUCAGUGGAGACUGGUGAGGUCAAAGGUCAGUUAAGGUUAAUGUUUACAGGAUUCCCAGUCGUGAUACUUCCCUGCGAAAAAAGGCUCAUUGCUGCGGUAAUAAUUGAAACCAUUAGUAUUUACAGUGAGAUGUGACAAGGAUGGGCGUUUCUUAAUUUUAAUGUCGUCUGGAAAUGUGUCUUUUGUACAUGGGAAUGUGGAAUAAUAGAGUGUUACCUCUGCAUUUUAGGGAGGUGUCCGUGAAUUUUGGUACCACACCUGCCCAGACUUUGUGUUCAUUUGGUUUUGUUGUGCAGCAGCCUUCAGAAGUGCCUGCCAACUGCUCGGGGGGAGGCGGGUGUGUGCGUGCAUGUGAGCGUGUGUGUGUGUGAGAACACUGGUGAUUUUGAAAGAUAAGUCUGAAGUGGCGGUUCUCUUGAAGUCCCGUGCUGGUGAAACAGGAAGUCGGUCUCUCUGACCCGCCGCGGGUCUAAAAUACAGCCUGUGGAAAACGUCGAUCAGAGCUACGGAGGAGGGAGAGCGGCACGCCUCGGAGGCUCCUGCCGAGGCCCUCUUUAUUUACUAAGCUAUGCUUGUGUGUGUAGGCAUGCAAGGACCUUACUCUGACGUAACCGCACACAGCAACUCCUCUCGACUAGAACAAAAGCUUGCGAUGUAUUUAUUGAUGGUAUUGUAUGUUAACUUGUAUGUAAAGGUGUUAUAAUGAUGUUUUAUGGAGUCAGUAGACUGCUGCAUCACCGGGGUCUCUCUGAGCGAUCGCGAUUUUUACAGCUGAAGUAAAUGGCUGCCGCGCUCAGAGCUCUGGCCUCCCUCUCCGUGUUUCGGCCCCUCGUUCCCCGAUCUUUGAGCGUCACUGAGCCGAGAUCCUUGAGAAACUCUUGGAAAACCUUUCAAUGUCAACCAUGUGACUGUUGGCGCUCGAAGAAGCGUGGGGCAGGCGACACCGAUUCAGCCGUCAUUUGCAGCUUAUUGGUAUGCAUUUAUUUAUUACGUUUAGCUGCCAUCUAAUGACCCCUGCACGUGUGGCUCAGAGCAAAGAUUGUUGUGCGUGUGUUUGCGAGCGAGAGAGCGUAGAAGACGCAGGCGUCAAUCUUUUUUUGUUUUUAACCCCUGCCAUUACUGUGUAUCCCAUUUACCUGCUAGCAUGCAAGUCAUGAAUAAGGUACUACUGGAUAAAUUAACCAAAAAAGGGAAGCUAAACUUCUUUUAAUGUUAUACCGCUCUUGCGUUGGUGUUUUAUUUUCUUUUUUGCACUUUUUCUGAAAUGACUUUUGAGCUGUUCGUAUGAAGUAUAGUGUAUAGAAGUCAGGAAUUUGAGCUAUGUACAGUUCAACACAAGUACAAUCAGUUCAGGUAAAACCUCAAUUUUCUGCACAUGGAAAUGCACCAAUGAAUUAUUUCUAUACUGUCUGUUAAUUUGUAUUUGAUACUUUAAUAAAAAAAAAG